AUGGAUGCCCGCGGCCCCGUCGUCCUGCACCUCCACACGCUGCUCGCACACGCCGACCUUGCUGCUGCCCACCCGGAGCCCUUUUGUCGUGCUUCAUUUUGGGUCGGCCAGAACGAGAACGCCAAGUACCGUCGCCGAAGACCCAUGUACAACUACUGUCGCCAAGACCCCGUGAACGUCUACACGACGACCACCGAGUACCUCUUCGGGAGUACCACUACCAUCGCGUGGAUCCGCCAAGACCGUGGAGUAAAUGAACAAGUACUCCUACGCGGACGCAUUGUCUCCAGGAUUUUCGCCAAGUCCCCGCUCCGAUGA